GCUUAUUACUUGCUGUUCGCAUCACUUAGCUAUAGGAGCACUUAUUCCAGCCUUGGUUUUGGAGUCUUAAAUACCAAAGUUUUAGAUUGCUGAUCCAGUGAUGGGAACUCUUGUCCUGCAGGUAUCACUAUAAUGUUGGAGAUUCAAGGCUUGGGCAACAUGUAGACAAAGGAAGGGAAGACGGUCUGUUCAUUAGCUGCAUCUCUUCAUCGGCUAAUUUGUGGGCGGUUGUCAUGGAUGCAGGAACUGGGUUCAGUGCCCAGGUUUAUGAAUUAUCUCGCAUUUUCUUGCCCAAGGUUGGUAUUCUUCGCUCUUAUGGUAUUCAUAUGGAAGCCUUAGCCAGCAUCAACUAAUGCUUUGUUAUUUUCUGAUAUUCUCGUCAGGAGUGGAUAAUGGAGCAGUGGGAUAAGAACUUUUACAUAACUUCUAUCGCUGGGACAACUAAUGGAAGUUCCUUGGUGGUUAUGUCAAAGGGUAGAGAUACAUUAACUAAUUUUUUUAUAAAGCUUUUUAAUAUAUUCCAUUUGUUUGAUCAACCUAGCCAUCAUGACCUGGGGAAGUCGUUUUUUUCUUGAUCAUGAACGUUUUUAAUUGAUUGGUGGCUUGCUGAACUUAGGCAGACUGGGCUAGCAGAGGUUUGAAGCCUGUUAUCAUUGAAGGAUUUUCCACUCUGUUUCUUGAAGUUUAUGAUUUUCAUGAACAAGUGUUUGGUGGCUUCUGAACUUGGCGGGAUUGGAUUAGGCAAACCUUGCUCAAUGAUUUAACCUUAGUCCACAAUAGGUGGAUUCGGAAGGAUACUUUUCAAUCUCUUUCCUGCUGUGAAUAGUGAUGUUUCGUGUUAAAUUGUAGCAAUUUUGGAUUUUGAAGAAUUCCCUAAUCAAUGACAAGUAGUAUAGGCGAGGAAGCAUGUCUAUGUAGUAGGUGUGAUGAACCGUGAGUGAUGAUGAACCAGUAGUUCACUUACUAUACAGUUCUAGAAGUUUCUAGUGCAUGCAGUCAAUAGCUUAGAAACUUUUACCCUUGAGUCUGUAUUAGCUAAUAUGCUAAUUGUUUUUGUAUAGCUUUUUGCUUACUACAUCUGCCAUUUUCUCUCUUGUUUUGGUAAUUGUUUUUGGUAGGGACUGCAUAUACACAGCAAUCCUACAAAGUUAGUGAUGUAUUCCCUUUCAAAUGGAUCAAUAAAAAAUGGAAAGAAGGAUUUUCUGUUACCUCAAUGACAACUGCAGGCAGUAAGUGGGGGAUUGUAAUGUCCAGAAAUGCAGGUUAUCCGAACCAGGUUGGGUUAAUGAUCUUACCACACUGCUUGGUACAUCUAUUUGUGAAGGAAUUUAUAUCACAAUGCUUAUAUGUUGCCUCUCUCUCUCUCUCUCUCUCUCAACUAGGUGGUUGAACUCGAUUUCCUUUACCCUAGUGAAGGGAUCCAUAGAAGAUGGGAGAACGGAUACCGAAUUACUGCAGCAGCAGCUACAGCCGACCAGGCUGCAUUCAUUCUUAGUACUCCCAAGAAGAAAACACCAGAAGUUGCUCAAGAAACCUUGAGGACUUCUGCUUUUCCUAGUACCCAUGUUAAGGUAAGCCAGAAAGUUUCAUGGUUCUAUGCGAAUUGAAUAAACUAGCAUAAUAUCAGAGUUGUGGUCCCUUCCCUUUUGGCCCACGCAUCAUGUGAUUUAUCCUUGGACAAUCGAUCUUUCGAGACGCUAAACAGUUAGGACAAUCAACCGAGUGAUUCAUCUCUUUUAUCUUUCUUUUUUGCCAAGCAACUUGUUGUUUUCAUAUCAUUCGCUUAAUGUCUACUGUCUAAGAAGGAAGAGUUAUGAACCUUUUUUUUUUUUGGUGCAUGCUGAUAGGAUAAAUGGUCAAAGAAUCUGUAUAUUGCAUCAAUAUGUUACGGAACGGUAUCUUGAAGCUGCUGGCUGGUUGGGGGAGGCCGCCUGUCUCCCAAUGAAGAAGCAGGUACUUGCUUAAUUUUUUUUAUCUCCAUUAGUGUCGCAAAAGCUUCCUGCUUCUUGGUGGAAGUACCGAGCUUGCAUAUUUGGUGUGGUGGAAAUAGUUGACAGUCUUUGUAACACAAUAUAGGUUGGUCGGAUCACUUCUUCGCACUGGUGUAUUGCCUGCCGAAGACUUUUGGGUAUGGAACGAGAGUAAUAUGGCUGGAGGAGUUCUGUUUUUGGCUGUUGUAGAGGGGUUACCACAUCACUCAAUGGUGAAGAAUAUAUCCUGAAUGCCCGGUAGAAUGGGCCACGCCACGAGCAUUGAUAUUCAUGUCUUUUGGCUGGCUCAUUCUGGCUUUUGCCUUGAACAAACAGAAAAAUGUUGUAUAGUGAUUAAUCUAUCAUGCGGGGAUAAGGCUAUGAUGGCUGCCCUGUUCUUUGUUUGGUAACUGGUGUAGUAAGAUGGAGAAGAACCAUUGUCUGGUAUACACAAGAGUCGGAAAGGAACAGGAUGGAUUUCAGGGAAAAGAAAAGUCUGGAGGGUGUUAGGUUUGCUACAAGGAAAGGUUCCUUGCCUCCUGUUGUAAUGAACUUAACACGAGAAAGAAGAAAAACAUGUACUUGGCUCCCUGCCGUCCCCCUAUUACUUCAUUAUUAUUAUGGCCUGAUUGAUCUAUGAUUCAUCUCAUCCAUGUGUAUCCAUUUCUUUUCGAAGUUUCAUGGCUACUGACAGAAUCAAGAUGUAAUCUGGGGAGGAAAGUUGAGAGAGAAAAAGAGAGAAAAAGCUCUCCCCUCUCUCCUCCUUUCUGCUGCUUUUCCUUACCGUUGAUGACCGUUGGGAGCAAGCCUCCCGUGCAGGGGGAGGACCAUUGUCUGAAACCGCCGGAUGGCUCACCGCAGGAAAGCCUCCAGCAGAAAGGCUCACCGACGGGAACCCCCGUCCAACCCAGUAAGAAAGCCAAAGCGCAGUCUAGCUCUGCGUUCUCAGGGCAGGUGGAUAUGGAUGUUGCGAUAGUCACCGCCAGGGCGGCCGACGAAGAGAUGCUUAGCCCGGAGCAGCCGGAAAAAGGGAGACCCUUUUCUAACCCCGAUGUCAACCAAGAGUCCGCUGCCCGCAAAAUCUCCUACAAAGAUUCAUUCCUCAGAAAUGGGGCGCCGCUGGAGAUCCUAGAGGGAGAUUACCUAAUGUUGGAUGAAUCCGACGAUGAAAAUGGAGAAGAUGAUCCAGAGUGCCCUACAAUCAGAAUCAAAAAGCGAACAAAUGCAAUUAUCUGCAAUAGAUGGAGACGGGCUAUUACAUUCCGAGUUCUUGGGAAGAACUUCCCCUUCGUCUUUGUCCAUAGGAGAGUCCAGAGAAUGUGGGCGAAAACGGGAGGGAUGAAGGUGGGGGAUAUCGGCAAUGGAUACUUUCAAGCAUCUUUUGACUCGCAGCUUGACCAUGACAGAGCUUUAUAUGGGGGACCAUGGACGAUAGAGGAUCAUUACAUCGUUGCUGAGCCAUGGAGGUUAGAUUUUGAUACCAUUAAUAGAACUGUUGUGUGGGUUCGUCUUCCCCGCCUUCCUCUAGCCUACUUCGAUGAAGAUAUCCUUACUGAUAUAUGGAAUAUGCUUGGGAGGGUGGAGAAAAUUGACUACAAUACCGCCAAUGGGUUUAGGGGCAACUAUGCUCGCAUAUGUGUGGAGAUUGAUCUUAGGAAAAAGCUGGUCUCUAAAUACAGAAUCAAGAGAAGGGUGAGGCGGGUUGAGUAUGAAGGCUUGCACAUUGUUUGCUAUGACUGUGGAAUGUAUGGCCACCUAGCUGAGGCUUGCCCACAGAGAAAACCAGCAGAGAAGAUCAGCAUUGAAGAUCAAGCAAAGACCCCAAACACCUCACAGGCAAGCCAGGAAAUUAGACCAGAAAUUCUGGAAGACUAUGGACCCCGGAUGCUGGCAACAAGACCGAAAAUGAGGAACAUCCAACAACAAAACAGAAAGAGUGAAGAUAAAAAGAAAGAAACAGUGGCAGCAGUGGAAACAAAAGCCUCGGGAUCACGUUUUAGUGCCUUGGAGGCAGAAGAAAUGGAGAUACAAGAAACAUGACAGGAAACAGUGGAGAUGAAUGAGCAACACAAAGAGACGAGUGGUGCACUGGAAAAACAAAAGGAAAGUAUAAGAGAAGAUCGAGGGGAGAAAGUACAGGAGGAAACAAAGUUGGAAAAGAAGAAAAUUGAACAGAAGGG